UUGAGAUUCGAAUAUACUUCACUUCUAGAGGAAUGCUUGCACAAUACGUGCUUCAAUCUCAAUCUCACACACCAUGACACUGCUCCUCCAAUGGAUGUGCUACUCGCUCUCGCUGCUCAUCGAUGCCAAUGCCCAGAUUCUUUCAGCAUUUGGAGGACAAGCCCCACAUCGUGCCCCACAUUUGCUAGCGCUUCCAGUCCGGGGUCUCAUCGCGUUUGGCGAUUCCCUGUCCGACACAGGUAACGCGCAAGCCUUGUUUCCCGACGGUGUGCCCGGGGGAUUCCCUUCCGGACUGCCAUACGGGAUCACCUGGCCGGGAUCCAGUAGCACGGGAAGAUCCAGCGAUGGAAAGCUCAUGGUGGACUACUUUGUGAAAGCUCUCGGUCUUGGAGAGGGCGCGGUGGCUUAUUUGGAGGAUUUGCGCCCGGAUCAUAGGAAAAGUGUGAAUUUCGCGCAGGCUGGAGCUACUGCCGCCGCUGCAAGCUUCCAAAAUCCCUUCCACCUCAUGCUCCAAGUGAAGCAGUUCUUGCAGUUUCGAACAAGGGUGAUCAGCCGGGCUCGAGAAAUCGAUCAAGGGACAGUAAAAGGAUGCAACAACUUGUUGCCAGCCCCGUCUUUCUUCAAGAAAUCUCUGUACUUCAUUCUCGUCGGCGGGAACGAUAUCAAUCACAACUUAAAGCCGGAGUUCGGGAACAAAUCGCUCGAGGAGAUUCGCGAUUCGAUCAUCCCUCGGGCGGUGGCCGCUGUUGAAUCCGCAAUAAAAACCUUGCACCGGCAUGGAGCCAGGAAUUUCUUGGUUUUCGGCCGCCCUCCACAGGGUUGCACGCCGCUCUUCAAGACGCUGUACGGAGGCAAGAACCCGGGGGGCUAUGACGCCGGCGGGUGUCUAAUUCCGUACAACAACCUCACGCUCACGCUGCAGCUCGGGCUAAGGGCCGCCACCGAUCGGCUGAGGAAACAACACCGCGACUCGAGAUUCUUCUUUGCGGAUCUCUACAACUCGUUCCUCCACAUCAAGAAGAACGCAGAGCGUUACGGUUUCACAGACACAGACAACGCUUGCUGUGGAUCCGGGAGUCCGUACAACUUCUCACCCCGGAGAAAAUGUGGAUCGCCCGGAGUUCCAGUCUGUGUUGAUCCCUCCAAAUUCGUCUCUUGGGAUGGAAACCAUUUCACGCAAAAGUACUACAAACUGGUGGUCAACUUGAUCUUGUCUGGCAAAUUUGUUGACCCCCCCUUUAAUUUACGCCCUAAAAGUUAACCUGUUA